AGUAUAUCGCAUUUCGCAAAACCGGAAUCUACUAAUUUUUUGCCAUGUUUGCCAGAAAAGUCUACCAUCGGAACUCUGUGAACGUCGAGCGUGAUGGCACAGUCCAGCGUGGCUUGAUUGUGGAUAAAACCGAUCAGGGAUGGCUGAUCGAUUUCGACGUUUACAAGAAAGACCCAGAGCUGUUUCCGUAUUCCGGCCAGAACAUAUUUCUCGACGACGAUGCUAAGCCGCAUACCAUCCGCUGCGCCACCCAAUGCUGGCAUGAAGAAUACGAUCUGGCGGAUAAAAUGUACGUGCUAUUGAAAUUAUCCCUGAAUACACCAUGGACAUGGUACAAAUGCAUAAUGUUAGGGGAUAAAUGUAUGCAGCGUCACUACGGUAUUGCCGAAGUGCUCGUCGACGGCGAGCGAAGCGCCCACAUUGUGCACGAGCAUCGUGUGCGUGCAUUAUACGGGGAUCAACCAUUUGGGCGUUCGUUAAAGGAGAGCGAUUUAUCAGCAGAAAGGUUUCCAUUUCUCCCUGGCAUGGUUCCUGGAUCAAACAUUGACAGGAAUAACGCUGUUUCAGCAACCGAUCUUACGCUUUACAGACUUCCGGUGGAAAUCCUUACCACGAUAUUUUUUUCUUUAAACGGACUCCAGCAAUUCGCUAUCAGACUUGUCUGCGUUACAUGGGACUCUAUUAUCCUGUCAAAAGAGUGCACACGCUCCGUCAUUAUCGACCUGACCUACAGCGGCCGGUUCUACAUUCUAGCGUCCUGGUUCUUUCAUUGCAUUACGCCCAAGACGAAAUACCUGAUUUUUACCGCUGGUAACAAGUUACGCAGUUUUGGUACCGAUCUAGACGUACUGUGGCGUAUCAGCAGCGUUAAGCCGCUCAACAUUGACACCUUUAUUUUGUCCGGAAUGAAGUUCAUGCAGGGCUACGAUGAUGAAUAUUGGUCGGAACUGGUGUCAUUAAAAAACCUACUGAAUCAUAUUGCUCCGCAAAAUCGCGGCCGAAUAAUUUUUAGGAAAGUCAGCUAUCAGUACCUCUUCCUGAGCUUGUACUGCAACCGACCCAGAUCCGAGGAGAAACGUGUUGAUCCGUUUCAGCCAUAUCAGGACUUAGUGAUUGAGUACGAUGCUGUUGAGAUCGCUGGAGACACUAAUUUUCCACUGAAUGUAUUUGAGACAUCCGCUGUAAAAUUCAGCGACCCACAUCAUGCCGGUGUUCUGCAGGAUUUGAUGCAAUGGAUACGGUCUCCUGGUUUGGAUAGAAACAGCCAAGGUGAUAUUGUUCAUGUACUGAACAAAUGGCAAGGUUAUGGGAAUCCUUUUGGAUCAUGGAACUGGCGUGAUAUUAUGAUGGCUGUAGAUACCGGACAGUUAGUACUAUGCAAUCGAACGUUGUGCGCUCUCGUUGGCAUCUGGAGAAAGCGGUCAUCUAUGAGGAAUAAAGUGUUAUGGUGAAAAGUAUUGCCGGUAAAGGAUAUGGUUAUUCCGUUGUUUUUUGUUUCGAUGUAUCAGUCAAGCAGACUUUACAAUACAGUAAUAAGACACACCGGUUUACCGUUUAUAUAAGUGUCUGUCUCGUCUUUGGUGGUUAUUUCAUAACAGCUAACUUCGUGUUGGAAACGCUGUACUAAAGUAUUAACAUAAUUAUACAUUUGUACUGUAUAUCACCAAAUUUGUGAGAUAUUUUUGAUGACUGUUGAU